AUUUCAUGCCACCGGAAGAUCCUUGAAGGACAUGGAAUAUUCUACUGCGAUUUCUCAGCCAGCUCUCAGCUCAAUAAUCCCAGAAACCUGUGCGGCUAUCUACAAAGCAUUACAACAAUACAUUCAGUUCCCUAAAACAGCCGAUGAGUGGUACAAAAUUGCCAUAGAUUGCGAAGAGAAGUGGCAAUUUCCUCAUUGUUUGGGCGCAAUCGAUGGAAAGCAUGUCCGGAUUGUUCCACCAAAGGAUAGUGAUUCAUACUACUUCAACUACAAGAAGACCACUUAGUAUAGUUUUGAUGGCUAUAGCAAACGCUCACUCUGAAUUUAUACUUUGUGAUAUAGGAACUAACGGUAGAAUAUCUGAUGGAGGUGUGAUUAAUAACACUCGUUUUUGCGACAAACUUAGGAAAAAUCAACUAAAUAUCCCUAGACCCGAACCAGUUAGCUUUGAUCUUGAC